GCGCCCGUCCUGUACCCCCGCCCGGGGCCGCCUCUUCCCCCCCGCGGCGCCCGUUGAUGCUGCAGAGCCCGCCCGGCGCGACCCCCGCCGCAGCCUCUGCCAUGGACAAGAGCAGCCCCUGCGGCUCCGGUGCGCCCGGCUCCUCGGCCGGCAGCAAAGGGCAGCAGCCGCGGUCCGCCUCGGCCGGGCCCGCCGCGGGAGAGUCUAAGCCCAAAGGCGAUGGAAAGAAUGCCAAUGGAUCCAAACAGCGUUAUAAUCGUAAAAGAGAAACUUCCUAUUCAAAAAAUGAGAACUUUUCCAGUCAGUCCCGUCGCUCCAAUUCACAGAAAAGCAAAGCUUUUAAUAAGAUGCCUCCUCAAAGGGGAGGUAACGGUGGAAGUGGCAAACUUUUUAGCUCUUCUAAUGGUGGAAGACGAGAUGAGGUAGCAGAGGCUCAGCGGGCAGAGUUCAGCCCUGCCCAAUUCUCUGGUCCCAAGAAGAUUAAUCUGAACCACUUACUGAACUUCACUUUUGAACCCCGUGGCCAAGCAGGCCAUUUUGAUGGGAAUGGACAUGGCAACUGGGGGAAAAGGAACAAAUGGGGACAUAAACCUUUCAACAAGGAGCUCUUCCUACAGGCCAAAUCCUGGAAGGAGCUGGCUGUUUCUUACAGUUUUUGGAAAACCACUCUGCCUGGCUCAUUCUGUAGUUACUGCCAGUUUGUUGUCUCUGAAGAACAGGACUACACAGUCCACUUUGCUGAUCCAGAUACCUUGGUCAACUGGGACUUUGUGGAGCAAGUGCGAAUCUGUAGCCAUGAAGUGCCCUCCUGUCCCAUAUGUCUGUACCCACCAACUGCAGCAAAGAUUACCCGCUGUGGGCAUAUCUUUUGUUGGGCCUGUAUCCUCCACUAUCUCUCCUUGAGUGAAAAGACCUGGAGUAAAUGUCCUAUUUGUUACAGCUCUGUUCACAAGAAGGAUCUCAAGAGCGUUGUUGCUAUGGAAACACGUCAAUAUGCAAUUGGUGAUACCAUUACCAUGCAACUUAUGAGAAGAGAGAAAGGUGUUCUUAUAGCACUGCCCAAAUCUCAGUGGAUGGAUGUGGUGCAGCCUGUUUACUUUGGAGAUGACCAUCACAGUCAGUAUUCAAAGCUGCUUCUGGCAUCCAGGGAGCAGGUCUUGCAGCUGGUGAUUCUGGAGGAGAAAACAGCAUUACUAAAGCAGUAUGAGGAAGAAAAACACACCCCAGAGGCUUGCUUUAUUGAGGCAGCUAUCCAGGAACUGAAGGAGCGAGAAACAGCACUCUCUGCUGACCAGCGUAAAAACAAUGGCAUUGCUGGAAUAAGUGCAGCUGUGGAAGAAUUGGUACUAGAAAGUUCCAAGGCUGUGGAGCCUGCAGUUUCCCAAGAGAAAAAGUGUGGUGUGGAAUAUCUCUCUGCUUUUGAUGAGGAGCUUGUGGAGCCUUGCUCUGAAAUGGCAAGUUCCCUUUCGCCCCCGGUGGAAGCAGAAGAGGCAGUGCUGGAUGAAGAGGAAGUACCUGAGGUGGAUAUAGUAGGGGAUCCUGGUACAAAUACUAUGGAAGAAUCAAAUCCAGUUGAAACGUGCUGCCAAGAAUCUAAAGAUACAGUUACCAGUGGACACCUAAGCAACUCUCCUUUUUACUAUUUCUAUCAAGCGGAGGACGGGCAGUGUAUGUAUCUUCACCCAGUGAAUGUUCGAUGUCUUGUUCGUGAAUACGGCAGCUUGGAGAAGAGUCCAGAGAAGAUAACUGCAGCUGUAGUGGAGAUAACUGGCUACUCAAUGACAGAGGAUAUAAGACAGCGUCAUCGCUACCUCUGUCACUUGCCCCUCACCUGUGAGUUCAGCAUUUGUGAACUGGCUCUGAAGCCACCCAUCAUCUCUAAGGAGACUUUAGAGUUGUUUUCAGAUGACCUUGAAAAGAGGAAACGUCUGCGGCAGAAGAAAGCUCGUGAUGAACGGCGACGUGAACGCAGAAUUGAGAUAGAAGAAAACAAGAAACAGGGCAAAUAUCCAGAGGUCCAUAUUGCUUUAGAGAAUCUGCAGCAGUUCCCUGCUUUUACCUCUUGUCCCAGAGAAACUACCAGCAUUGAUCAUCGGAGCUUCUGUCUGUCUCCUCUUGGCAGAAGCCCGGUGUAUCAGACAGAGUCUAUUCCAACUCCACUGUCACCUGCUGCCAGCCAGGUCAGCCCUUUGCUCUGUGGGAGUUUGGAAGAGGAGUCUCCCUUCCCUUCCUUUGCCCAGAUGUUGAGAGUUGGAAAGGCAAAACCAGAAACGUGGCCCAAACCUGCUCCGAAGACAAGAGAUGAGAACACUCUGGCCCUCUCUGUGCCGGUGGAUAGUGAUGGAGAAAGCGACAGCUCUGACCGCAUACCUGUGCCCAGCUUCCAGAACUCCUUCAGCCAAGCAAUUGAGGCAGCCCUCCUGAAACUGGACAAACCGUCCACAGCUGCUCAUUUGUCAGAGGAAAAGGGAGGCAAGAAAAGAAAGAAACAGAAGCAGAAGCUAUUGUUCAGCACCUCUGUUGUUCACACAAAGUAAUUCUGCUGUUCACAAGAAGUUUCCUCUCCUGGUUUUCUUUUCAUUUUGCUUUGUUUUGCUGCUAUAGUUUAAGUAUUUAAAUUUGAACAGACUAAACUUGUGUUUCUGGGGCUUCUAGGGGGUUCAGGAGGAAACCAUGAACAGGAUAUGUUGAAGUAAGACCUUUUGAUUCCAACUGCUUAAUCAGUUCAUACUGAAACAAAGUUUCGAAAGAAACAACCCAGAGACAAAUCAGCCAAGGUCUCUAGUGUGUGACAGGUUGGUUCUUUUGGCCUAACAGGCAGUCUGAAAGUCUUACACCUGUGUGGCACUGCCAGAAUACUGCAAUACUACCUAAGUGAAGUUGCAGAGAGCCUUUAUUUCCUUAGAAGUAUUCAUGGGCAAAAGUUCACCUGACUGUGACAGCAGUGCUGUUUCAGUAAAGCUGUCAAAUUGCUCUCUUGAGAAACUGCUUUCUGCUGCACUGGAAAUGGGCAAAAGAGCUUACUGGCUUUAGAGUGUUAGCUGCUACUAUCUGUUCUUUUCCUAAAGAGCAAGAAUUCCUCCUGUUCUCCUGGCUUGGAAAGAUGUAAAGCUGAGGUGAGCAUAGAGCGGAACUUGGCUGCUUGGUUUUGAAGUGACUCUUGAUGGAUUUGUGUAUUUGAAAAGUGUCCUGGUGCUGGUGGCGGAAGGCACCUCCUGGCUUCUCUCAGUUGUUCAACUCUGGUUUAAUGUGGGUGAGUGAGGCUGCUAAUUUUUUCUCUUUUCUGCCAACUAUGGGCUGCACAUUCUUUGUAACCUGAUCAUCUAGAAUAAACACUCCACCCUAGGGCUCUUGUAACUACCUGAAUGAUGUUUGGACACUAACUGCUCUGGAAUUGGAAGAACAACUGAUAGCUGGAGUCUAGUUAACUUCUAUCCCCCAGCAAGAAACUGGGUUCUUUGUACUGGGGUAAGGGCCUCUAUCUGCUUGGUUCUGGGAUGUUAAGUUGGUCUGCACUAAGCACCUCAGGCUAUAACCAUGUCUCUUCUGGACCCCUCCCUGCUCUUUCUUUGGGUGGUCACAUUCUGCACUGCUUGUGGUUUGAUUUGAGCUUAUGAGUUCAGUGGUGUGGAUUUUGUUGAAUAAAAUGAACUUUAGGUGUCAUGUACCAGUCAAGGCCAACAGUUGCAAUAAAUCAUACGCACAUGCACUUAGAGUACUGUACACUUCCUGAGCUAGAGCUGAACUGUCACACCAACAUGGAGCACAAGAACAUGUAGUUGCACAGAUUUAAAUCUUGCCUUCCUACCAACAGAAUUCGUGCCAGGCAGCUGGUGUAAAGUGCCACGUAACUUACAGCGUGAGAUUGAUGGUGUCUUCUGUUUUCUUUGGCCCCUCUUGCACCCAUGGUCUGCGUGUAUGUGCACAGGCUGUAAAAAGCUGAUGUGCUCCUCCCUCUGACACUGAGACUGAUCUGAGAAAGGACGAGUGUGUUAGAUACCUGACUCCAAGAGUCACAGACACCACUGGCAAUCAUUGGUUGUGUCUCUAUUUAAGGGCUCUAUGUCAAUACACUGAUUUUUAAGCAAUAGGCUCCCAGUUAUACCAGAGCUUCCUUGAGGAACUUAAGCAUGUGUGCAUGGAAGCCAGUACUGCAGAGUAUACUUCACAAAACUCUCCAUGUGGCUGUGAACCAGAAAGAAGGGGGAGAGGUAAAGAAUAUUUCAACUGCUACAGGAGGAUGGAGGAAGCACCUGCAAACCAUUAUUUGAAAGCAGCUUGACUUCACGCUUGGUCACAAUUAACUACACUGGAUGGAAAGACAGCACAACUUGGCAAGAGACUGCACAGAAACUGAGACAAGAUGCAAGUGGUAACACAUCUUGCUGUUAAUGCUUUAAGUGCUCUUGGAAAAUCUUGGUGAGGGCAGAGAAAGCAACCAAGUAAGAUUCAAGUAUGCAGUUAACUGCAUUCACAGUACCAUUGGGUUCCUAUUUGUACUAGUCAUUUUAAGCCAUGGAACAGGAGUAACUACUUAGUGUCUAACCAGUAUCUGUUGUGUUCUGUUAUCUCUGCACAUUCAUAGUCAACUUUUCUUUGCAUUGGAAGGGGGACAGAGUAACUGGAGCUGGUGUAACUUGCCUCCCCAUCUCACAGGCACUAGAGCAAGGGAAAUGAUGUGGGCAAGGAAGACUGUCUCUUCUGCAGGUGCAGUCUCCACAGGACAGCAUCUUCAAGUUGUAUCUUGUUUUCCUAUGGAUUCAAGAGAUAAUACCAGCAAUGCUACUUUCUUGUAACUGAUUGGUGUAAACAUAAUAAAUAUCUAAGCAGUA